UAUUUUUAUAGAUUAUCAAUUCAGCGUACAAAUUUAUUGCAGUCUACCCAUGGUGCAACAAAAGCGGAAUUACAAAAAGCUUCACGAUCAAAGGAAUCCUUUGAAAAAGUUCCGUUCAUCACAGCGGCACUUACACAUCUCGGUUUCUAUAUUCUCAUGUUCCUGGGAUUUAUCAAUCAAAUAUUCUUUCUUCCGAAGAUUGAUACCGAAAAAAAUAGAGAAGGAUAUGCUUCGCUUUACGACAAUUUCGAAAAAUUUUAUCUCAAAUAUGUCUACAGAAGAGUCAGAGAUUGUUGGAACAGGCCGAUUUGUUCUGUUCCUGGUGCAACAGUCACAUUAAAAGAUCGGGUAACUCACGACUACGGAUGGACGUUUCAAUUUACUGGAACUGAAACGCAAUGUAUAAAUUUGGGCUCUUACAAUUAUUUAGGGUUUGCCGAAGCAAGUGGUAAGUGCGCCGAGGAGAGCAUCAAAACGCUCCGAAAGUUUGGUUGUGCCAGUUGCAGUACGCGUCUUGAAUUAGGUACUAUGCCGAUACAUGAUGAACUCGAAAAAUUGACUGCAAAAUUUUUGGGAGUAGAAGAUGCUAUAGUAUUUGGAAUGGGAUUCGCCACGAAUUCUUUAAACCUACCUUCUUUGGUCAGUAAAGGCUGUCUGGUUCUCAGUGAUGAGAAGAAUCAUGCAUCGCUCAUUCUCGGAUUGCGAUUGUCCGGUGCAGUGAUACAGAUCUUUAAGCAUAAUAAUGUAAAGCACUUGGAGGAAUGUUUGAAGAAAGCUAUUGUUUUCGGGCAACCGAAGACUGGUAAGCCUUGGAAGAAGAUAGUUAUCAUUGUCGAAGGUGUUUAUUCUAUGGAAGGUUCAAUUGUCCACUUGCCCGAGAUGUUGGAGUUAAAGAAAAAAUACAAAGCCUAUCUCUAUGUGGACGAAGCGCAUAGCACAGGAGCUAUGGGAAAACAUGGAAGAGGAGUUUGCGACUACUACGACAUUGAUCCGCGCGAAAUAGACAUACUUAUGGGAACAUUUACGAAAAGCUUUGGCUCAGCAGGUGGAUAUAUAGCUGGAACGAAAACACUGAUAAAUCACAUAAGGAUAUACGGUCACGCGCAUACGUACGCAGCAUCAAUGUCUCCGCCCGUUACACAACAAAUUAUCACGUCAAUGCGAAUUAUUGCGGGAGAGGAUGGUACUGACGCUGGUGAAAAGCGUAUCAAACAAUUAGCUAGGAAUACGAGAUACUUUAGACGCAGAUUGAAUCAGAUCGGAGUUAUAAUUUACGGAAACGAGGACUCGCCCGUUGUGCCUAUGCUAGUUUACUUAUUUUCUAAGAUCGGUGCAGUGAUCCGUACCCUGACAACCCGUAAUAUUGCAACUGUUGGUGUUGGAUUCCCAGCGACGCCAUUAAUGGAAGGCAGAAUUAGAUUUUGUCUUUCCGCUGCGCAUACGAAGGAACAAUUAGAUUAUGUGUUGACGCAUAUCGAGGAGAUUGCGGACAUGUUAGGAUUAAGAUAUUCAAGGAAACCUCGCACUACUACGAAAAUAGAAUAUUCAGACAGCGAAACCGAAUGACCUACCUCAUAAAGUAAUAAAUCAUUAGAUAAUUUAUUUUUGUGACAAGUGUCAAAAUAGUUGAGGAUUUUAAAUAUCAUCAAUAGCUUCAAUAUGGUUCAUCGUAUCGUAUGAUACAUCAGAAAACUAUACUAUAAUUAUUAUAAUAAACCAGCGCUUAAAUUUCACAAAAAUAUGCGAGUAUAACAAUUUAUAUAUGAAGUUAAGAAAUAACUGGAGGACGUAUAAUAUCCGUGCAAGAAAAUCCGGAUAAAUAUAAGAAAAAAAGAGGGAUUAAAUAAUGUUGUUUUAUGUAUACAGGAUGUUCCGAAAUUCGCG